AUGGCGCCUUCGCCUUCGACGGCGGAGCUCCGCGGUCGCCCGGCCCGGAGGGCGGCGGCGCGGUCUCGCGCCUCUGGUUCCGCGAACAGCGCGCUGGAUUCUCGCCUUUCUUCGGCGCGCGGAACUCUGCACACGCAGCUGGCGGAGUGCUCCCCGCCCCCCUCCUCGCGCCUGCUGCGCUGCGCGGACUCCUCUCGUGACGCCUCCCUCGAGCGCGACAACCCCCUCCCAGCCCCUCUCUCCGGCGCGGCCGAGUCGCUCCAUGGCUCGGUCGCCUCGCUGUCGCCGUCGUCUCCGCUGAUGUUUCAGGAGGAGAUCGUUUUGCUUGCGCAGCUCCCGGCGACGGCGUGGAGUCAGCGGGCGAUUCACGAGGAUCGGGAGGAAUCCGGGGAGGCGCUGGCGGCUGACUUGCGCGUGGCCUCCGCGGGUCGCGAGUCGCCGAGCAGCAGCUUCAUGCCGCACCCCGAGGACCUCUCCGACGCGGGCGGCGGGGGGUGGCGAGACCGCGGGCUGGGCGGCGGCAGCUACUCGCCGCAGCACGCGAGCGAGCGCGAGGACGGUCUCCUGGGGGCGUCCAGCCCGUCGACGCGGCGCGGGUUUGACUACCUGCGGAGCUGGACGUCGCGCGGCAGGUCGCAGUCGAGGCAGGAGGAAGGAUAUGAGUCGCUGCGUGGCCGCUUCUCCGGCAGCCUGUCGCGAUUCUACACGCGGGCGAGUGUGUCGGUUUCGUCGGCUCCUGAGGGCGCGGGCAGACGAGGCCCGCUCGACCUGUUCACGGGCAGCAGGCGCUUCUUUCGUUCGUUCAGUCGCUCGUCCUUUGCGAACCUGGCUUCCGGGCGCGACUCGCUGGUUCCAAACGACGGCGGCGGGUACGCGAGCGGGUCUUCGCUGCCGAUUCGGCUCCGCGAGACGCAGUCGAAGCCCCCGAGAAACCUCGCCGAGCCGUAUGUGUUUCCGGCGACGAGCCCGACCGGCGCAGGCGACUGCGGCGGCACGGACCCUGCGGCGCAAACUCUCACAAACAACCUGCGGGCGAGCAUGCGGCAAGCCUCGCUGCUGCUCCAGCCUCGCCAGGCGACUCGCCCCGCGCCUCUGUACCCGGCGGCCCCUUCGCCGGCGUCUCGCGCGCCGUCGAACGGCCCCGAGCCUCCAGGGGCCCGCGCGGCCUCGCCCCCCGGCUUCUCCGCGCCCGCCGCGGCGACCCGCCCAGGCCAGCGGUUCGCCGCCCCCGUGUGGGGCGAGGGCCUGGGCCGGGCCGCGGCAGCCCGCGGCGGCGGAGACACGGAGGCGGGCGCCAGGCGCGGCUCGGGGUGGCGCGCGGCUCGCCAGGACUCGCCGCAGGGGGCGAAGCGCUCUGCGCGGAGCUCCUCUUCUCCCCCGCAGCCGGGACCGUUUCCAGCCGCGGAACAGCAGGCGCCCCAUAGAGGCGGCUGCCGACAGCGGCGCUCCGCUCAGAGUGUGCAACGUAUGGCCGGUCCGCGCGGCGAGGAGCGGCGGAGCUCCUGGCUCUUCCCUCCCGGACGGCGCCGCCAGACGGACAGCGGAGGGCGGGCGAGCGCCGCCGCGGGAGCGCCUCCUCUCUGGUGGAUGGGCUGCAGGAGGAACUGCGCCGAGGGCGAAGACGGCUCAGAGAGCGUGCGUUCGGACGCGCGCGGCGGAGGCGGCGCAGCGCGCCGCCGCACGCAGUCUCUCGUCCAUAGAGACAGCUGGUGGGGGAUGGGCGGAGGGGACGGCGACGGGCUCGCGGGGAAGCGCGGCCAAGGAAGCGUGCUGGAGAGGACCCUCGAGCAUGUGAAGGAGAUGGCGGCGCUCGAGUUGGAGGACGAUCUCGGCGUCAUGCUGGGAAAGAGACGCGACGCGACGUGGAACUCCGAGCGAACGGGGCGCUGCCUCAGCCUGCUGUCUUGUCUCGGGCAAAUUACGCUCCGCAGCGACGUCAUCAGGCAGCGGCGAACCGGCCGCAGACUCUUCCACAUGGCCUCGCUCAUUGCCUGCGGCGUUCUGGAUGACCCCGAGUGGAUGGACGCCCUCACGGACGUCAAGAAACACAGGGCGGCUAAAGGUGAAGCCCAAAGCGGCUUCAAGCGUGCCUUGGUGCUCCGAGAAAACACGUACCACGGCCUGCUGUGCUUCAUGGUGACGCUCGGCGUGCUGUUUUGCGCCGUGGGCGCCGGCAUCAUCGUGGGGAUGAUCAUGACGUCCUCGAUGCUGAGUCCCUCGGUCGCGCUUCUUCGCAUCGCCUUCUCGCUGCCCCAGUCCCAGCAGCCGCCGCCGCACCCAGACCCGAGCGUGUACGCGGCUGCUGCGGGUGACGCGGUCAGUCCAGACGGAAUCGCCUUCCACACGCGUGGCUUUGCGGGCAAGGUGCCGCUCAAGCGCCUCCACAGAUCUCUGGAGACGGCUACCGCGCUCGACUCGCUGGUGCUGCUCGUCCCUCCGGCGGCGGCCGAGAAAGGCGACGUCGCGGCAGUCCUCACUGGCGGCUUCCUCGCGACCCUCGCCAUCCACAACCAAGGCAUUGAAGCGAAUUUUUCCGCGCUGUUGGAGAUGAGUUACCUGCCGGCUACCGAGAUUGGAGCUUCCUCGUCGGAGGUGUGUUUCACUCCCAAGAACACUGCGUUCCCCUCUCGGUCGUCGCCCGCCGCGCGAACGCUCUCGGCGCGCGAUGCGGCGCUACGCACGAGUGCGUUCUCGAGCGCGGCCCCCCCUCCUCCAGCAAGCAGCUUAGCAUAUUUUUGGAGGCUCGCCUCUGUGGAGCCGCGGGUGGCGCGCACCGCGCUGCAGACGCGUGAAGUGAAACAGGAGCGCGGAGCAGAGGUGUCUUACUGCGAGGCGGUCUGGGAGUCGUUUGGGUCGUCGUCCUUCCUCAUUCCUCUCGACAUCCAACAGCGCACGCCUGCCCAGCUCGAGUCUGGCGCGCCAGUCCUCCGCCACGUAAUCUUAGACCCGGUGCUGAGUCGUCUCCUGCAUGCGCUGGUGGAUUACGCGCCGAACGCAGACGCGACCAAGCGGGACGCCGCUGCCCGGUCGAGCUUCGCGGCGGCUGCAGAAGGCGCGCCUCCCCGCGGAGCUCCCUCCUCACGCCGUCACUGGCUCGGCGACGCGUCUUCGAGUAUCCCGCCGUCCUCCUCCGCUUCCACAGGCGCGUACUCAGAGGAAGGCGACCUGCGCGCCGGGAGCUUGUUCAAAAACAUGGCUAGCCGAGGCGACCAGGCGUACGCGUUGACCGUGACGCCCUCAGUCGACUGGGUGGGGCUCUCCAGCGGCUACAACGAAGUGACGUUUGCGGUGAACUUGAACCGGCGGAUUUCGACGUCCGAGAAGUCGUUUCUCGAGGCGAUCAAGCGGGACUGCGGCACGUCGAAGCGCGUGUAUCUCUCGCUCGCCCUCAAGGGAGUCGUCACCAACACUGCCCUUCAAACUGGUGACGAGCGGAACUGGAUGACCCUCUCCUUCACCCUUCCUUGCGUUCAGGUCGAGGGCAACGACCCCAGAGCCCGCCCCAAGACUGCGGCGCGCGCGGGCUCGCCGGAGUCUGCAGCGACGGGGGCGCGCACGCGGACGCAGAGACACCUGCAGAGCUGGCGACCGCGUCAGGCCGUGGAGGCGAGCGGCGGCAGCGCGCCAGCGGCGUCGCGUCGCGGGGGGAGCCAGUCGAGCAGAGUGACUGGAGGGGCGGCACCCGCCGCCGCCGGGAGCUGCGAGGAGGACAGCGCCACCGCGAAGCCGUUGGGCGCGGCCGCGGUCGACAAAGGGGCUGCCUCGGGCGCGCUCGCCGCGGGUGGCGGGGUGGUUGAUAAGAAUGCCUGGCCGCCGAGGUACUUUUUGUACGACUCGGUGCUCGGAAAGGAAGGCCUGGAGAGAUACAGAGGCGUCCUCGCCGACACACUUCUGCGCUGGGUGCGGAGAAACCCAGUGUGCAAAAUGGUCGUCGACCGGCUUGCCAAAGAAGCCUGGACGCCGCUCAAGGAGUCCACCGUGAUUCAGUGA